AUGCCUCGAAACGAACCCUCCCCGCCCGGCAUCAGCCGCCUGCUGGCCAUCCUGGGCCUCUUGACGGCGCUGCUGGCGUCGGUGGUGUACGUGCUCGACCAGGACCUGCAGCGGUUCUACGUCUUCGAUACGGACCACCUGCACGACCUUGCGCAGAGGGGAGUCGCCGAGCACGGCAACAACACGCGGGGCAUCGUCAAGUACAUUGUGGACGAGCUCAACGCCAAGGUGCCGGGAUAUGUCAACCUGGAGGAGGACUGGGUGUUUAACAAUGCCGGCGGGGCCAUGGGAGCCAUGUACAUCCUGCACGCCAGUGUUACCGAGUAUCUCAUCAUCUUUGGCACGGCCAUCGGCACAGAGGGCCACACCGGCCGCCACACGGCCGACGACUACUUCCACAUCCUGUCCGGCACGCAGGUCGCCUACGUGCCCGGCGAGUACGAGGCCGAGGUGUAUCCCGCCGGCAGCGUGCACCACCUGCGCCGCGGCGACGCCAAGCAGUACAAGAUGCCCGAGGGCUGCUUCGCGCUCGAGUACGCCCGCGGCUGGAUCCCGCCCAUGCUCUUCUUCGGGUUCGCCGACGGCCUGAGCAGCACCCUUGAUUUCCCGACGUUGUGGAAGACGACGUACAUUACGGGCCAGCAGAUGAUUGGGAACCUGCUCAAGGGGAAGCUGUGA